AUGCCAGAGUUUGCCAAGGUGCGCUGCUGGCCCAGUAUGGAGACCAACGGUCAGGUUCUGGUGUGGUUCCACUGUGACGGAGAGGAACCCGGCUGGAUGGUACCAGAGCAGGGGGAGCUCACACAUGGGGAAUGGGUCUACCGGGGAUGCACUGAGUACUUCAUCAACACAAACAUAGAGGUUUGUUUUCUGUUGUAGAUAUGUGUGUGAUAUACUUUAUUUUGGUCUUUUACAUAAUUUUUUUUUACCAUUACUUUAGGUGUGUGUUAUUUUGUCUUAUAAAGAGAAAGCCAGCUGUGCUUGUUCCUCUCUGUGACUUCCCCUGUAGGAGAUCCCUGAGAAUGUUGAAGAUUUUGCCCACCUGGCCCACCUGCACACACCAGGCAUUGUAAGUGGGGUUGACCUGCGCUACACCAAUAGCAAGACCUGGGAGUUUGUGAGGCAUGACUGGAAGGUAAGGGCUUCCUGACCAUGUGACCAUGCCACUCAGGGCCCUAGUUAUAUAUACGUUUAGAACUUCUUUAAAUGGUGCCUCAAUGGUGUGUCCUUACAAAUACUUGAUGGAGCGUGUGUGUGUGCGUGUUCAAAGUGCAAUGGGAUUCUGAAUCUGAGCCCACUAACCACUGCUCCCAGAUGCUGGUGAAACAUGCCCUUGCUGUGUUUGGUGGCCACUGGCCUCAACUGGACGUGGAUGUAGUGGCUCGACAGGAACAGAUGAUCACUCACAAAAAGAGACAGGCAGGCAGACAGAAAGACAGGCAGACAGACAAUCAGACAGACUGCCCCCAGGGCAGCACUAGAUAGUGUUCUGAAAAUGAUGACCCUAGGGUGCUGCAUUCAGUCAUAAAACACAGCUGAAGUCAUCAUUGUCAACAAGUGUGUCAGCCAAGGCCACCCAGUGCCAAGACUGCUCUUGGUUUUAGCCUCUCCGUCAGCUUAGAUAUAUAUCACCGUCUCCAAGGAAUAAACUGGCCAUUCAGACAGCUUUGUCACCUCUUGUUUUCACUUGACUGUGCUUUGGAUCUGUGUACACGGCUGCUUCCAAACAAGCUGCCUCAGCCACUAUGAUGAUGCUGAACAAGCCCUUUGGCAGUGUGGAGACGACCUAUAACUCUGUGUUAGGUCAACUGGGGUUGGAGAGUGUGGUCCCUGGUUGCUGUAGAGACAGAACAUGAAAUAGUAUCCAAACACUCAUCAUAGAAAGCAAAUAACAUUCAUCAUAGUAUUGUAUCAAUAACAGUGUUUCAGUCUGAUGUGCCCAGCAAUAUAAGCCAAUUACAUUUGUUGAUGCAUGGUCAAUUUAGCUCCACCCAGAAUUGUGUAUACACUAUGUUUUUUACACGCACAUAAUGUGUAUGUGUCCAUAAUAUACAGUAUGUCUGUAUUCCAGGUGGGUCCAGGGCUGGUGUUCCUGCUGUUUGACCACAGUUUCCUGUGUCGGACACACACACACACACACACACACACACACACACACACACACACACACACACACACACACACACACACACACACACACACUGCAGUGGAGCCUCUACUGCAGUGUAUCCCACUCCAUCUUCUACCAGUACAGCCAAUGAUCAAACCGUUCUCAAUGUGGUACAUCAUAUUACAAACACCACGAAUAUCAUAUGCAUGUCAAUUCAUACACCUUAUUAGUAUCCUUAACCCCUCAAAGUCUAAGCCCUAAUCUAUAUGGAAUUGUUUUAAGAAGGUCAUGCCAAGGAUCAUUUAGCUAUUUGAUGUACAAUUUUAAGACCCCUUGAAGUAUAAAAAAAAGAUAUCUAAAAAAAUUACAGUAUUAGAUUUUUAAAAAAAUGGGCCUUACUGCUAUUAGCCCAUACAAACGCAUUGAAUAACAAAUUCACUACAUGGAACAACAGAUAGUCCCAAAAAAAUAUCAAGUGUCUCUCCUAUAUCUGAAAAAUAUAAGACAGAUCAGGAAACUUGUUUGUUUUUUAACCCCAUAUAUUUGGCAUUAAUCAAAUUCAAUUGAUCAUAAUCUGGUGAAUAUAUGGUAGAAUAUAUGAAGUUUAUUUCCAAAACGCUAUAUCCACCAAUUCAUCACUUUUGUGUAUUUAAUCAGAAACUAAUGCUCAUGGGUACCUUUUAUGUUUGUGUAAAAUAUUACUGUUCUCAGGUUUUUAAUUCAUAGAUUUGGUUGCAAAACGCCAUACACCCAUUGUUAGCUGGAAUGGAAUGUUCGUAUCCUGUAUAUUUAACAUACUGUUUAAAUUCAACACAUCAUAAAUCUAGCCUCAUGCUAUAUUGUUUGGUUAGAGUUAGGCCUUGUCCCAAAUGGCAACCUAGUCCCUAUAUAGUGCACUACUUUUGACCAGAGCCCAGAUCUCAUAUUAUUGUAUUAUGUCACAAAUCAUUUGUACAGUUCUUUAUUAAAAAUGUAAUUAUUUGUCACAUUUGACUGUGUAAUCCCUUGCAAUUAUACUUUAUUCUCUGAGAGUGAGGUAGGUACAUCUCAUUUUGCAUCAAAAUGUGAUUGCUUGCCUCUCUGAAAUUAAACAAAUACAUGUCUGUCAUUUAACAACCCCAUGCCAUGAUUAGAUGGGGGGAAACACACCAGUCUCUUCCAUAAGUUCAUUAAACUGUUGGAUUCUAGCUUGAAAUAUACUUAUUCAUGUUACCAUACUAGAACUUAGUGAUUACUUUACAUGUACAAGGAAUGUAUAUGUUGGGGGUCAAGGAAGGGUAAAGAAGAACUUUGUGUAUGGAAAGUUACUGAGUGAGAAAAGGUGCAGAAAGUUCAUAUUCUGUUCAAAUAUGUUAUUGUUGAAUAUGAAUGUUCCUAAGGAGGGAGGCAAAGGGCAACAGUCUAGUUUCAAUUCUUGAUGAGGCAGGUCAGUUGCUGAGGAACUAGGACCAUGAGGGAUGUUGAACUCAACUCGAGAUAAGGUCAACAGUUGAAGAGCGAAGACACUGCUGGAAGGGGGGCCACAUGGGUCCACUCCGAAGACCAUCUGAUUACAGUUCUAUCUCACACACACACACAUUUCCACGCCCAUGAGGGUCCUAGACUUAGGCAGGGCCAUGACAAUACCACUACUGUGUUUCUGCCUAAAAACAGAGAACAAGUGUUUAUCUUAGACAUGCAAGGAGUAACUCCGCCUAGUCAGAAGGUAUAAUAUGUGCUUGUGUUUGCAGCUGAAGCACCCAGCGGGUUGAAUAAACUUGGUUUGAGCUUUUUCUAGUUGUCUGUUUGAGUUUUUACUCUGUUUGUUCAGAACCUAACAAAACAAAAAAGCUAAUUUACCAACAUUUCUGAAAAUGGAUGAAUAACGUUUUGGAAUAAAACUUUUCAUAUGGUAGACUUAAAAAGUCACUAAUUGGCAAUUUUUUGCUUUUUAUGUGAACAUUCUUUUCAGAUUCAUCACUAUUUAUUUCAGAUGUGUAACUAACCCCUUUUUGUUCAGACUAUUUUGUGUCCCAGUUUGAGCGGGAUGUGAUGAUCUGGAACAAUAAGAAGUACAUCUCUAAACCCCUGCUGGUGAAGGAGGACUCUGCCAUCCAGAAACACAGGCGCUGGUUCAGUCAGUUCUACAGCGACAAUAGCCCUCGCCUGCACUACCAGCAUAACACCCUGGACUUCUGA